UUGCUUGCACAAUUGUUCAAUCUAACCCUUCUGACUGAGACAUCAACACCAGCCCAGCAUCAUCUACUUGCUAUGCAUAAAAUAAGGUUAUUUAGAAUUUUUGGCAAUGGAUUCAAAAACUGCGGGAAAGGCAUGGUACUGAAUUGUCAUCCCAUACUAGAUGGAUGCAAAAUCAAUGCUAAUACAGGUGCCAGGAUGUUGAACCCAUCUAUACUAGCAUACUGGUAGUAUUGAUUUGUACCGGCCUAUAUUGGUGCCUACUGACGUACCAUAGGGAUCAGUCAAUGGUUAUUCAUUGAUUUUAACGCGAUAAGUUUAUUUUUAUUAUUUGGCCAGACUGUACCGAUUCUGGAUUAUAUUGAGGGCAUAUGAUUUGGUAUUGGUAUUUAAAAUCAGCCUUUAAUUUAUUUUUGUUAUUAUUAGUUUUUUUUGCUUAAACUUUGAUCUUGCCAUUGUUGAAGGUACACAAAUUAGAGAGCUUGUUAGGUUCUUGUAAACUUAAACCAUCUGAUUUGGAGUUAAUUAACCCUAUCCCAGUUAUAUGAGCGUGUAUGCUUUUGUUCUUCAUUUCUUUAAAUUUUCCUUCUUGGCAAUAAAUAUGGUGGUUGAUGGCUCUCCUUUCCCCUCACAAAAAAGAGAAGCUGCAUGCGCGCAAACAAGAACAUAAUAUGCAGACAUGUUUUUUUCUUCCGUGAUGGGUUAACAAUCAGAAGUAAUUCAUGCUUUUGUGAUGUUUCCAGAAUCCAUUUAAUUGCUACUUGCUAGAAUUAGUUGACUUCUUUAUUACACAGGGAUUGUUGUGGGCAUCAGAACAGAACCGGUGCGUCGAUUAUCUCUGCAAUGUUCUUCGCUAAUUUUAUGAUAAAGUCGACAUUUGCACUAUGUUUUUAUGAUCAUUUUUGUAUUUAAAAGUGAAAAUUCAACCACUAAUGAUCUUGCUAUAUUGGGAAACCAUCUCAACGCCAUAUUUUUCAUAUAUCAGCAACUACGCCAGAAACUCUAAGCAUUCUAUUGAAUCGAAAAACUAAACCAAAGCGUUGACCACAUGAGUAGGCUGAGAAUUUUUUUUUAAUAGAAGUUUAAUAUGGUUUAAAUAUCUAGGAGAUACACCUCUAGUGGAAUUGCAAUAUCUGAGAGAAGUUUAGCAUGGGUUAGUUUUUCGAUUCCUGCAUGGAGUUUCCAACGUAGUUGCUUUAUGAACAAUAUGGCGUUGAGAUAGUUUCCAUCAUAGAGACUUCUUUAUUUUCUUUUCUGGGCACCUAUUGGCAGCUAGGCUCCUAAUUCUAUUACCGUCUUUUUCUUAAUCUUCGUUUCUUGACGUCUUUAGACUCCUCACGAGCCUCAAAGUCCUCUUAAGAGAAGAAGGCUACCAAAUUAGGAACUCAAUAAAAUUCGUUCUCCAACCAUCGCUAUCUCGGACUUCGCGGACCAAAAAAGCAUAAAUAUUCCAUGCUUAUUCUAUCUAGCAAAACCCAAGCUUCCUUCCUUUCCCCUACUUCUUUUCUACUCCGCCCUCUUCUUCUGCUAUUCUUCUGCAAUACUAUUGUGGUAUCCAUCAUGGGCCGGCGUAAGAUCGCCAUUGAAAAGAUCCCAGAGACACAGCAGCGGCAGGUCUGCUUCUCCAAACGGCGGAAGGGGCUCUUCAAGAAGGCUGCUGACAUCUGCGCCGCCUCCCGUGCUUGCUCAAUCGCCAUCGUCAUCUUUUCCGCAGUGGGCAAUUUAUUCACUUUUGCUCACCCCGGUGUUGAAGCCAUAUCUAGACGAUUCUUAGGCAACGAAGCACUUAUCGACCAAUUGUCUAACAAGGAACCAGAAAAUACCCAUGCAGCCAUUGGUGAUGAUGGAAAUUCCUGUCAGGACGAAUCAGAUGACGGUUUUGAUGUUAGUGACGGAGAAUCAGAUUGUGGUGAUGAUGAGGAGAUGAUGAUAACGGAUAACGACAGAGAAGAGACAGUAAAGCAGGACGUGGGAAGGGAAGAGGAGGAGAAGGAAGCCAGAGAAGAGGUGAUGAGAAAGGAUAACAAUAGAGAAGAGACACUAAAACAGGAGGUGGGAAAGGAAAAGGAAGAGAAGGAAACUAGAGAAGAGGCACAGGAAAUACUGGAAGGCGAUCAGUUCUGGUGGAACAAGCCAAUAGAUGAUCUCAGAUUGGAAGGGCUGCUGGAGCUGGAGAAGUCUAUCAUGGAGCUACGAGAUAAAGUUCGCGACAGAGCUGGUUUUCUCCUUGCAGAGAAGCCAUUAAGUCUAUGUUCAUGGAAUCACAAAUAAUUGUAUGCUUCUUCUUUUUAUUUUAUUUUUAGUUCUCUUUGGUUUUCUUUUCUUUUAUUGCUCCAGAGUUGUGAGAGUAUGAGUCUUUGGAUUGCCUUCUUCUGUUUCCCGGUAUCGAAGGCUUCCCAGCCGCUACUAAGAUGCGUUUUGCUAA